UCUUUCUUCCUUCCUUCCUUCCUUUCUUCGCUUUUCUCGAGCGAGUCUCUGUACAUCGCCGCUCGCGAACGCAUCGAGAACGAAGCGCGCUCCCGUCAAUGCUCAUCGACGGAGGCGGCGCCGGGGAAGAGAACUGAUCCGAACAGAACGCCCCGCCGAAGCGCGCCGACCACCGCCGGGAAGAUGAAUGGCGGCCCCUCUGGUUUCAAUAAUGCUCCGGUCACCAGACCAUUCAUCGUUGCUUCCGCGAUCUUCACCGUCUUCUCCGGCAUCCAGGGUCGUGCGCACAAGCUCGGAUUGUCUUACCAGGAUGUAUACCAAAAAGCUAAUUUCUGGAAGAUAGUAGAGUCGGCAUUCGCCUUCUCAUCUACACCGGAGCUAAUGUUCGGGCUCUACAUGCUAUACUACUUUCGGGUUUUUGAAAGACAAAUUGGUUCCAAUAAGUACUCGGUCUUUAUCUUGUUCUCCUCCAUAACAUCGAUUUUAUGUGAAGUGCUUGCACUUGCACUCCUUAAAGAUACCUCCUUAAAAUUUACUCCUGGACCUUAUGGUCUUAUAUUCGCAUCAUUCAUACCCUUUUACUUGGACAUUCCGGUAUCGACGAAAAUUAGGGUAUUUGGUGUCCAAUUCUCAGAUAAAUCUUUCAUUUAUCUAGCUGGUCUGCAGCUUCUGCUAUCAUCUUGGAAAAGAUCUAUCUUCCCAGGGAUUUGUGGCUUUGUAGCUGGUUCGUUGUAUCGCUUGAACUUCUUUUACAUCAGAAAGGCAAAGUUUCCAGAGUUCAUUUCUUCAUUCUUUGUGCGGCUUUCAUGGCCGUCUAUUGGAAGCAUGCCUGCAACAUAUACUAGGAAUGUCAUGGGAAGUUUGCCAUCCCGUGCAGUUCGCCCAGUAGAGCCAAACUAUCCCGCUCCAGUGCCUUCCACCCCAGAGCCAUCAGAGGCAUCGAUUGCCACACUUGUUUCGAUGGGAUUUGACCGGAGCUCUGCCAGACAAGCGCUCAUCCGAGGAAGAAACGAUGUCAAUGCGGCAACGAAUAUCCUUCUUGAAUCCCAAUCCCAGUAAUAACAUCUGUGGAGAAUUUCUUGUGACAUGGGGAAGGUUACUCUUGUUCUUAUUAGUUGACUGAGCUUUUUAGUUGGCCCAUCGAUGGGCUUAUACAAUUGCUGCCCUCUUUAAUGUUGUUUGUCUCUGCUCGUCCCGUUUUAGUCAAAAGCUCAAUUUUUUCGCCACCAA